AUGGCUGCUCCCCAGAUCCCCAACCUCAACUCCCUGCGUUCGGGGAGAGGUGGCCUUCGCGCCCGAGGCAGAGGUCGAGGUCAACCCGGCGCCGAUGCUAGUGCUGAACAUCAGGACAAGAUUGUCCAGAACACAGACAAUGAUGCCUCUGGUUCCCGCAUGAGCGCGGUGGAGUCGGGUUAUUUGGACGACCCAUUCGCCAGAGCCUUUAUUACCGAGCAAGUCUCCAGAAGAUAUCCAAUCAUCCACAGGGGCACCUAUGUUCGCACCACCGCCAUAGACCAGCUCGUCGACCGAUUCUUGGCCACGGACCCGGACCAGCCCAAGCAGAUUGUUUCGUUAGGGGCCGGUAGUGAUACCCGCUUCUUCCGCAUCCUCUCCAAGCGCACCUCUCUACCUCUGAUAUACCAUGAGAUCGAUUUCCCCACCAACACGAGCCAAAAGAUCGCAGCCAUUAAACGCGCACCAGCCCUUCUCUCCAUCAUAACCUCCCACCUCGCAAACCAUGCCGAUCUCGCUAUCUCUGCUGAUGGAACGUCCCUCCACUCUCCCAUUUACAACGUCCAUUCUCUCGACCUCCGCGCCUUAACCGGCUCCACACCUGAUCUACCCACGCUACCCCACCUCUCCCCAACCACGCCAACGCUUCUACUCUCCGAAUGCUGCCUCAUAUACCUUCCUCCUGGCGACGCUGACGGCAUCCUGCACACCCUCACGACCAAGCUGAUUCCCGCCCCGACCCCGCUCUCCCUCAUCCUGUACGAGCCAAUCCGGCCGCACGAUUCCUUCGGCAAGGUCAUGAUAUCCAACCUCGCGACGCGGGGCAUCGUGCUGCAGACGCUGAAGAAAUACUCCUCGCUCUUCCGGCAACGCGAGCGGCUGAAGCGCUCGGGGUUCGCGAGCGGCCAGGGCGCUUCCGACGUGAACUACAUAUGGGAGCAGUGGGUCAGCGAUGCGGAGAAGGAGCGGGUCGGCCGGUUGGAGAUGCUCGAUGAGAUGGAGGAGUGGGUGUUGCUUGCGCAACACUACUGCGUUGCGUGGGGUUGGAGAGAUGGCGAGCGCGAUGUGUUUGCCAAGGCUUGGCGAAACGUCAAGAUGCAGGAUCUGGUGGGCGAUGAGGAAAUGUGA